AUGUUCAUUACACCUCAAGAGUCCCACUCGAUUUCUGUGCGCGCGGGGCAGGGCGAUCUUGCUGGACUUUCCGUUGCCGUCAAGACUCUUGCUCAGCGGGAAAAGGUGACCGAAGGGGAAGUCUUGAUCUCGUGCAAGGACGACUUCCAAAGAACGGCGGCGCAUAUUGCAGCCCAAUUGGGACAAAGGUCUUCCAUCGAGACAUUGGCAGUCCUACUGGGCUCACAAGAGAACAAGGCCACAUACUUCAACAUGGCCAAUCGCUUUACGGGCGACCGACCGGCCCAUACAGCAAUGCGAUUCGGGUACCUCGACGUCUUGAGAACGCUGGUCGCGCAUGGUGCUGAUCCGACGGCCAAGAACCGAUUUGGAGAUACGGUAUUAGACUACCCAGGGGAUUAUGAAAUGGACGAGGCUAGGAGCAUUGUCGACGAGUACAGGGCAAAGUCUCCUCAGACCGUGGCAUGA